AUGGCCCCAAACGCUCCUUAUGAAAUAUGUUUUGUACCCAAGAGCAGAGAAGAAGAGGAAGAAGAUGAGAAAAUCUACAAGAGAUACAAGGAAAUUAUUGCUACUACACUUCCUAUAGCAGGAGGUUUGUUAGGUGAACCGAUGUACCAGUAUCAAGGCUUUUGGUACAGUUCCAGAGUUGGUAGUGUUGGACCUUUGGCAGUUCAAGAUCAUUUUAGGGCAAGAGCCAGUGACAUUCUUAUUGCUAGCAUCCCCAAGAGUGGCACAACUUGGCUGAAAUCGCUUGCCUUUGCUGUCAUCAAUAUCAAAUCUCAUCCUCCUUCAGUUCAGCAACAACAUCCUUUGCACAUAUUCAAUUCACAUGAUCUCGUGCCCAUGUUGGAGAUAAGGCUAUAUAACAAUGACUUCAAUGGUAAUCGAAUUCCUAACCUUGAUAUCCUUCCAUCACCUAGACUGUUUGGCACACACAUGCCAUACACAUCACUACCACAAUCUGUAACACUUUCAGGUUCCCGGAUUGUUUAUAUUUGCCGGAACAUCAAGGAUAAUCUAGUAUCGAUGUCUCGUUUUAUCAUCAAGAUGAGGUUGGCUCUUUCUUUGGAGCCUAUGAAGGUAGAAGAUAUCUUAGAGUGGUUUUGCAAAGGGAGGUGUGUAAUUGGGGAAGUUAUAGAACAUGCGUUGGGUUAUUGGAAAGCGAGUUUAGAAAGGCCUCAAAAUGUGCUAUUCCUCAAGUACGAUAAGAUGGUGGCCGAACCAGCUCUUCACUUAAAAAGGAUUGCAGAGUUUAUGGGGUGCCCCUUCUCCUCAAUGGAAGAGAAGGAAGGGGUGGUUCAUCAAAUAAUAAAGCUAUGCAGUUUCGAGAAUUUAAGCAAUUUAGAAGUGAAUAAAACUGGAUUAAGUGAUGGUGGUUUUCUUAACCGUGCCUACUUCAGGAAAGGUAAAGUUGGAGAUUCAGCAAAUUAUCUCUCACCUAAAAUGAUGGAGCAGCUUGAUCAAAUCAUAGAGCAAAAAUUACAUGGCUCGGGCUUAACACUCUAA